AAUGAGUUGGAUUACAAUAAAUAGUUAAAAUGAAGGUCCUGGAGGUAGAUGGGGACAUUCAAGUAUUGCAUUAGAUGAUAAAUUAUACAUUUUUGGUGGUUUUGGUAUAAAUUAGAAAUAUAAUUAAGAUGGCAAUUAUCUAAAUGAUUUUUAUUCUUAUGAUUUUGAUAAUAACUUAUGGCAAACAAUAGUAUAAAAUGGUUUGGUACCAGAACCUCGAUCAAAUCAUAUCAUGUUUAUUAAUAACGGAACUAUAUAUAUUCAAGGUGGUGGAGGAUUAUCUAAAACUAGAUUUGGAGAUCUUUAUUCAUUUAACAAAAACACUUGGAUUAAAUAGAAAAUCAAUUUAAUACCUAGAACCUAUCAUACAGGUUGUGUUGGCGAUAAUAAAUUAUUUAUAUUUGGAGGAGAAUCUGGUAGAGAUUUAGACGACUUAGAAAUUGUUGAUUUAAUCAAUAAUACAUAAUAUACAGUUAAGGUUGAAUGCACAAAAAAACCAGAACCAAGGCGUUUUGCAACACUUCAAUUUUAUAAUAAUUAACUAAUAUUAAUAGGAGGAUGUACUUAAUCUUACAGUCUUACUCCUUCUAUAUAUAUUGCCAAUUUUAAGGAAAACGACAAUUAUAUAAGCAUUUUUUGGUCUUUACUUAAAACAGAAUUUCCUAAAUGGGGCCAAUCUUGUGUACAAUUUGAUGAUUUAUUCUAUUUAUUUGGAGGAAGAGAUGACAAAGAUUCUGAUGAACUUUACUCUUUUGAUUUAUAAAACAAUUAAAUUCAGAUAAUUAAAAACGAAAAUAAAAUUAAAGCAAGAAGAAGACAUAGUGCAUCUGUUAUUGGUAAUUCUUUAGUUAUUUUUGGUGGUUUUAAUGGAAAAUAUUAAAAUGAUUUAUGCUUUUAGGAAUUACCUCUUGUUAAUUCUAUACCUCUUUCUGUUGAAUUGCUUUCUAAACCUUAUGAAGAAAUAUCAUAACAUUAGUUUGAAAACUACUUUUAAUCAGAAAAUGGAAUUUAUUUUUAUAAUGAUUAAUAUGAUUGUUUAAUCUAAACUGAUGAAAAAUGUUUUGGUGUUGAUUAAUAAGUUCUAAUUAAUGCAUCAGGAUACUUUAGAGAAUUAUUUUAUGGAGAUUAUGCAGAAGGAUAAUUACUAUAACUUGACUUAUCAUAUGUUGAUAAUAUUGCUUUUGGUAUUGUAUUGAUAUUCUCAUACAAAAAUAAUUUGAUACUUCCUAUUCUAAAUAAAGAGGAACUUUUCAGCCUAUUAGAAUUGUGUGAUUACUUAGAUAUGCCAUAAUUAAAAGAGAAAACCUAAUAUUAUAUUGCUUAAACUGUAGAUAAGAACACAUUAUAGGAAAUAUACAAUCUCUCAAUAGAACAUUAGAAUAAUUAGUUAUAACAUUUUUGUGCAUUUAAGGUUUCAAAAUUGAAAAUGCCAUUACAAGAAAUUGACAAUUUAUAAAGUUAAUAAGUAAAUAAUAUGAAAAAAAUAAGAAAAUUGUCAUUAGUUAAUGAAUAAUGA